UAGUGCAAUUAUUAGCAGCCAAGUCAACUCUAUGUAUGAGAGUGCAAUAUGUAUACAGAGAUAGCAGUAUGUGUGCAUAAUGUGUAAGAGUGCAGAAUCUAAUCGUAGAGCAAGUUCAUCAGUAGUUCACCAUGGUCAAUAUCUGGUCAAUAUUACACUGCAGGUGACGGUUAAUUGAACGUCCAUUCAGAGACUGGUUUGGUUAAUGAGAGACACCACCCGAGGGAAGAAGCUCUUGGUGUGUCUUGUGGUCUUGGUUCUGAAAGCCUGUUGUUUAUUCGUAUGCCCAUGUGGGUUAUGUGGCAAAAUAGCCCAAUUGUCCUUCAUCUUGUGAUUUUUGGAUAGUGUCAUAUUGGCCAUAGCUGUAUGCAUCUCUUGUGAGCUUCACUGCCCGUGAAGCUGCUCCUGCAUGUGGGUGAACACUGUCCCUCGGGCUCCAUAAUUACCCUGGCAGUGUACCCAGCUAAAAUGCAGUGCAGUAACCAGUCAACCUUCACAGACUGUCAGUCUGGCGCAUCUGGAACUUGCUAAGCCAGUGAAUGAUCUGUACUGCAGUGAUCUAAUGAGAGUGUGAAACCUUCAGUUGGAUAUGAUUGUGGUGGCUUUGAUCCCACAGACUCCAGUGCUGUGUGAAUCAUGAGCUCCACCUGGACCAGUAUUCAGUCUAUAAUCAUUCAGUUCUGAUUCUUCCAUGACCUCUGCCUGCAAUGUAUUUGUGGGAUGACUAUGUUGAUAAAAUGGAGGGAAGGAGAUUUUUGAUUUACAGACUAGGCACACUAUGUGAGCCCCAAUUUGCAUGAGGAUUAAGUGGGGGUUGAUGGUCAGGACAAGAGGCCCCAGUGUUGCCUGUGUCUCCCCCCCACCCCAGAAACAAGAGCUCUGCAUGCAUUUCAAUCAGGUCUGGCUGGCCCUUCCAGCUGCGGCUCCUUAAAGGUCAGCUGCUUAGUUGUUCUUCAGGAAAUGCAGCAAAAAAAAAAAAUUAAAUCACCAGCAAGCACUGUUGUGGGUUAAGUACACUGUAUGUGGGUGUAACCUAAGUUUUACAGUGAACUUCUCCACUCCUUGCUUUGAGCCUUAGUUGUUUUGGCCCUGCUGGUAGUCGGGAUUUUCUUCACACAUGUGCACAUGCUCACUACUGCCACCUGGGGCCCACUUCAGUAUGAUCAUCCUAGGCUACUCCCCCAUUAUCAAGCUUACCUCUGGCACUGCCCAAGCUGUGCAGUUAUGUUAUUCCUCUGAGGUAAGUGCUGGCAAACAUUCAAGUACCAGCUUGUUACAUGAGUUUGACAUUUUUAGCAGCUAAGGUUUCUCAUCUGGAUGGUCAGGUGGAAGUGACUGGUUCAGACUGCACAGGGUGUACAAAUUAACAUGUCUCAUUCUUUGUAAAGGCUGGACAGCCAUUGAGAGGGAUAUUGUUUACAUUCACAGGCUUGCCAUCCCCUGCAUGGUUUUGCCUCUCCCUCUGUUUAGCCUUCAGUGGAAUGACAUGACCCAUUUAAAUGGUUGUUUACUUGCAAUAGAGAUGGGGCCAAAACCCUUCUCAAUGAACUCUUGUCUACAAUUCAAUUAGGCCGCCUCUCCUGCCUGCCUAUUAUUCAUGUACUGUUCUGCAAGGUUCUUUACAUUUGGGGGCUGUGUGUAGUGACACUGACAAUUCAAAUUCAUCCUGACCAUGAUUUUUACUAUUUUAUUAAAAUAUAUAUGUUUUGAGUUUAUCUCUGUAAAUGGAGGUUUGGCUUGUUGUGAGGUACUUGAAUAUGUAUGAUGUAAAGUUCAAAAAUAGUGCUUGUAUGUCAGGGGUCUCAAACCUCUGGCCUAUGACUUAUGAUGUUUUUAUUUUACUAUUCAAUCUGACUCUCAAAUCAAUCUUUAAUUUGUAAUAGUGCUGAAAUGGUUAUUAGUUUCAUGGUAAAAUUCUCGACAAUUAGUAUUAUAGUUUCCAAUUUUAAUUAUCAUUAAAACUGGUUGAUUACCUCACUUUGGAAAAACUUGUCCAGCAUCAAUAGUAGGAAUGGUCUCCCAGACACAAGUGCACAGGCAGGGCAUGCAGUGUGGGUUUGUUUUGUGUCAGUAAAAACAUGGUGGAAGGCAGAUGCAGCACUCUGGAGAUUGUUCAGCCUUCUAAGAGGACUGAGUCUAGUGUGGUCGUAUUUUGGUUUUUAAUCCUUGUAACCACCACCCACUACUUUAUAGUUAAUGCCACACUAGUUAAGUUUUAGUUCAAUGCAUGAUGUUGGAAUGCAUGAAGUUUGUCUAACUUGCUAAUGGUUUGUUAAUAAUUCAAACUGAAGCGUCUGGUGUUACCUACUCUUGUAAAAAUACAAGUUGUGGUGUAGUGGACUUUUUUCCUAGUUGAAUGCCCAAUUGCUAGGAAUGUAUUCCAUGUACGUUUGUAUGCGUAUAUUCUUGAAACGUAAGUUUAGGCCAGUUUGCUUCCUCCUCCUGUAUGGAUUUUCCAGUGUCACUAGGGCAUUAUUUGUAUUUGUCUGAAGUUCAGUAAAUAGUUGAACUGUUAGAAUGUUAUAUGGUUUUUAUGCUUAUAUGGGUAUUAGCUGUAUUAUUUUGAUAAUACUAGAGAUGCACCAAUUCGAUAUUGGUGCCGAUCCAGACCUAUUUGAUGGAUCGGGUAUCGACUUUAUGCGUCCGAUAUACAUCCAAUACUUACUUAUUUAGGUUUUGGCAGUCUCUAAAAAGGUAGCACCUAUUUUGUACUAUUUAUACAAUUAAUUGAAUAACAGCUCAUUUCCAUUUUAAUUUUUGCAGCAUUCAAACUGAAAGCUAACGCUGCCACUCAAUCUGUUUGCCACUCAGUGGGCGUGAGCGCAGUGACUUCCAUCUGCUGUGACGUCAUAUGCAUACCUAUGGCAGCACAAGGAGCGUAAAAAAUCGAGGGUGACUAUCUUAAGUAUUUUAUGCUUUUAACAACUAGUGUAGUGAUUUGCAAUAUUUGUAAAAACAAAGUUUGAGAGGUGGAAGCAGUGUUUAAUAGAAAAUCACACUAAACAAAGUAAACGCAAUUGUGUGAGACAACGCAAGUAAUAUGAAAAAAGCAGUGAAUGAUUUGGGAAUCGCUAGUUUGGGCUGUUUUGCACUGCAAGUUGUAGUAUAUGAGGGACUGCAAUUGCAGUAUAGUGACGCUGUUGCCAGUGGGAGAGAAAAGGUUGGGGUAUUUUAAGCAUUUGCCACUUGCAUAUACUUGCUUUGAAGGUAUUCAAAUUGAACUGCAAGUGCCUCAAAUAUGUAAAAUAAUACCUACAACUAAAGUGGAACAGUACUUUUCUAGUAGCCCAGUUAAAUAUUUUUUGGCAUACUUUUUUUUUCCAUUUUUUUUCUAGUUUUAAAAAUCUUUAUGCAGUAAAACAAUGGGUUGUGAGUAACUUGGUUUGCGAGUGUUUUGCAAGAUGAGCAAAAUUUUCUAAUAGAUUUUAACUUGAUAAACAAGCGAGGUCUUGCAAUAUGAGUAUUGCGUAUACUAGGGCUGCAACGAUUCGAAUAACUCGAUUACAGAAAAUCCUCGAUGCAAAUUUUUUGCUUCGAUUCUUUGUGUAAUCCGCACCACUGUGUACUGCUUAGUGAUCACUGUAUUUCACUCGGAGGAUUAUUAAUGUCACAUAGUGUGUUUAUGCUGCAAUACGUGUAGCAGGUUUGAUUUGAUGUCGCAAUGGAGGAAGACAGGGAAAAUAGCGAGGAAAGUCGGGGAAAAAGAAGAAAAAUGGCUAAAGUUUGGAACCAUUUCAAACAAAAGAAAAGCAAAAAAUCUGUAGUGUGUCCAUUGUGAAACUGAAUCAGCUUACCACAAUAACAUAACGUCAAUGAUUCAACAUCUCAACAGAAAGCACCCAGUUUAUGCAUCCAGUUCACAGAGUGGAACCAAUACAAGGUGCGUUCGACUGAUUGUACUGUAGACCCCCUUCCCCUCCCCUCACCAUUACUUGGCCUGUACUGCCCACGACUGGAUUUGUACUAGUGAUACUCUGCAGUAAGGGUUGCCUUUCAUUGUGCUCUGUUGCCCUUUAAGGGGGGAGGGCAGGUGAGGCCUUUAAGGCCACCCUGAGCAUGGGCCAGAAGGUUCCUGGAGGAAUACGGACUGUGGACAUGCGGGACCCGGCGUAUCGGCCCCUGAAGCUGGAGCUGCAAGCCCUGGACUAUGCAAAACCGGCCCGCCUGGAUCUGCUGCUGGAUAUGCCCCCUGCUGGUCCAGAGGUGCAAGUGCAGCACUCCUGGAACAAUGAUGACCGUUCACUCAAUGUUUUCGUCAAGGAGGAUAAUAAGCUAGUUUUUCACCGACACCCCGUGGCCCAGAGCACUGAUGGCAUCCGUGGCAGGGUGGGCUACACUCGUGGGCUGCACGUAUGGGAAAUCACCUGGGCAAUGCGCCAACGAGGCACCCAUGCUGUGGUGGGAGUGGCAACAAGUGAAGCCCCUCUCCACUCAGUGGGCUACACUGCCCUGGUGGGUAAUAACCAUGAAUCCUGGGGCUGGGACCUGGGUCGGAACAAACUGUACCAUGACUGCAAGAACCAACCAAGUAGAACCUACCCAGCCUUCUUGGAGCCAGAUGAGACCUUUAUUGUGCCAGACUCAUUUCUAGUAGUCUUGGAUAUGGAUGAGGGAACGCUGAGCUUUGUUGUGGAUGGACAGUACUUAGGGGUCGCCUUCAGGGGACUCAAGGGCCGGAAGCUUUACCCUGUAGUCAGUGCAGUGUGGGGGCACUGUGAAAUCCGCAUCCGCUACAUCAAUGGACUGGACCCGGAACCCUUGCCCUUGAUGGACCUAUGUCGGCGCUCUGUACGUCUGGCGCUGGGGAGGGAGAGGCUGGGUGAGAUUCACAGCCUACCCUUGCCAGCUUCCCUCAAAGACUACCUGCUUUACCAGUGACAGUCCUUUAUACCCCAGUCUGAGAUGCAAUACCUGUUCGACUGAGAAGAAUUUGCCUCCAGGGACCAAUGAGGAGAGCCCCAUCUGCAAGGAGCAUCCACUCAGCUGUAGAGGCACCUCUGUCCUUACCUUCCUCACAGAACCUUGGACAUACUCACCUCUGUUCAGAUCUGGCAUCUGGUUUGUUUCUAACCUUUGCUGUUUUUAUUAUCACUUUAGCCACCCUUAUUUUGGGUGUUUUUACAAUUUUUCUUAUUUCACUCCAUUAUGUUUGUUGAAAUAAGCAUUGCUUCAGUCAUACUGGAAAUAUUUAUAGAUAUGAAGCACUGAUUCAGGGUCUCUGAUUAGAUUGAAUGAGUCUCCCCUUGCCUUCAUAAAAUUCUAUCAUUACUUGGGAAUGUUUUUGUUUGCAAACCAUAGUUCUGGUUUUAACAGAACUACUUUUGGUCCUUCAAAUGUUUCACCAUUUUAGCAUUUAGAAAAACAAUGGUUUUGCUAACUUUCAACAAUUCACAGUUGAUCAGUACUAAAAUACAUCUGCUGGUCUACUCACAUUUUCUGUUCAGAUUUUCAGAUGCUACCCAAAAGUUCAUUAGACAGUGUGUCAUCAGACCUCUAAAGACAGUGUGAAGUAAGACUUUUUAUCCAAACCAGUUUCUCUAUGGAAGACUGGUAGCAGUGGAAAAAGUAACGCUAUUUGUGGUGGAUUUCACUAUUCUUAUGGGUGCUACAUGGUUCACGUGCAUCUCAUAGAACCAGCUUGCCUCCAUUAUUGCUGCAAUAUCUGAAGUGCCUGUUUGUGUAAUACUGCUUGGUUUUUAAAGGUUAUUUUUUUAAAUGAAAUCACUGUGAUUGUAUUACGACACCCAACAAAUUACUGAAAUGAAUCUAAUGCUUUUUUUCCCCCUCCCUAAUUGUGCUUACAUUGGUCUGUGAAUGCUUCAUGAGGAAUGUAUGAGGAAUGGGCCUUGAUGUUUAAGCUUGCAAUCCUGAAAAUAGACUUGUAGAUAAAUUUUCCUAACUGUAAAACCCAAGACUGUAGGAAUUGCAAGGACAUUCAUAUUAUUAUUAUUAUUAUUAUUUUUUUUUAACUUUAGAUGUGUGGAGAGCCUUACACUCUGCUGCCAUUGGUUCAUGGUACCUUUCACUCUUUCUGCUCAGGCCUGUAUUUGUUUGUAUUCAGUGCUGUAGAUCAUGUUGGUAACUACCUAAUAAAGUUUAUAAAUUAAA